CUUGUGACCAGUUGUGCCAACCAAGUUGACAUAAAAUAAAAAACCCUUACUUUAUGGUUUCAUGUUAACGUUUAAGUGUGAAACCACUGGUUGAACUAAUCCAAAAGUUCACACAACAUUAUAUUUCCCGUGAAAAAAAUGAAACGCCUGUGAGGAUUAAUGGCAAAAUCUCAGAGGUAGGUUCCAAUUUGGUGGAUAGCUGUACACAACACACCUCAGCAAACUAAACGCGUUGACAAAAUAGCCAGGCCACAACAAGAAUUAAAUGCCGACUUCACCAAACACCAAGCAACCCCUUCAACAUCCUCUUCAACAUCAUUGCCAUAUCCAUUUUAAGAAAGCUUUGCUUUCUCACAAAGUAUAUUCACUAAAAACCAUAGCCAUGCAGCUCAAACGUCUCUGCAUUGUUUUGCCACCACAUUCAGGUGAUCUGAAGCAACCUGAAAUGGGUGUCCAACAAGCCUUUCAAUCUGCAAAGGAACAAGCUCAGGCCAGAAAGCCUCACAGGGCUUGUGGGGAGCAAGUUCUUGCUUUGCUUCAUGAUUCUUUGAGCAAGCUAUGCAGCUCAGGGUGGUGGAGGAAGAAGAAUUCCAGCACGUUGUUUCAUGACAUGGAUGGUGUGCAGGUUGCUGUCAAGAUUGGCAGGGACAAUCCAAGGAUCUUCAGCUAUGCAGAGAUUUUCAUAGGGUCUAAUGGUUUUAGUGAAGAUGAGGUUCUUGGGAGUGGAGGGUUUGGCAGAGUGUAUAGAGCUGUUUUGCCGAGUGAUGGAACUGUGGUUGCUGUGAAAUGCUGCUUAGCAGGGAAGGGGAAGCAGUUUGAGAAGAGUUUUGCAGCUGAGUUAACAGCCGUGGCGGAUCUUCGCCACAAGAACCUCGUGAGGCUGAGGGGUUGGUGUGUUCAUGAAGAUCAGUUGUACCUUGUUUAUGACUACAUGCCUAACCGCAGCCUCGAUCGUUUACUCUUCCGCCGGCCUGAGAAUUUGAAGUCUGAGCCUCUUGACUGGGGACAAAGAGGGAAAAUUGUGAAAGGUUUGUGUGCGGCACUGUAUUAUUUGCAUGAACAGCUAGAAACUCAAAUCAUUCACAGGGAUGUGAAAACCAGCAAUGUGAUGCUUGAUUCCCAUUUCAACGCUCGCUUGGGUGACUUCGGCAUGGCGAGGUGGCUAGAACAUGAGCUGGAGUACAGCAAUAGGAAAACAUCAAGCAGAGUUUAUCAUUUCAGGUUGGGAGAGACAUCAAGGAUUGGUGGCACUAUUGGGUAUCUUCCACCUGAAAGCUUGCAGAAACCAAGCACUGCUACCUCCAAAUCUGAUGUUUUCAGCUUUGGAAUUGUUGUGCUAGAAGUGGUAUCUGGAAGGAGAGCAAUAGAUCUCACAUACCCGGAUGAUCAAAUCAUUUUGCUUGACUGGAUCAGAAGGCUUUCCGAUGAAGGGAAGCUUUUGGAGGCGGCCGAUACUCGGCUACCGGAUGGAUCCUACAAGCUAUCUGAGUUGCAGCAUCUCAUUCACAUAGGCCUCCUCUGCACACUCAAUGACCCACAAUUGAGGCCAAGCAUGAAAUGGGUUGUGGAAGCACUUUCUGACAUUUCUUUCAAACUGCCACCACUUCCUUCAUUUCUCUCCAACCCUCUUUACAUCAAAUUGCCUUGCCCAUUUGAGACUAGUCCCAGAAGCACAAGUGGCACUAGCUCAGCCACAGAGAAUGCUAGCAUUGUCACCAACUAUACAUCAUCCAACUAUUUCACAGCAGCAGGAGAAACUGUAUAUGUAACUGCUGAAAACAAAAACAGUGAAAUCAUCUCUUCUAAGAGUGAGCAUCACCAGCCAUCAUUUCCUAUGGUUGAAACUCCAAGGGAAAUAUCAUACAAGGAGAUUGUGUCUGCUACAGAUAACUUUUCAGAUUCAAGAAGGGUUGCAGAGCUAGACUUUGGAACUGCUUAUCAUGGCAUCCUUGAUGACAGUUGCCAUGUUUUGGUGAAACGCCUGGGGAUGAAGACAUGUCCUGCACUGCGUGAUAGAUUCUCUAAUGAACUAAGGAAUGUAGGAAGGCUCCGCCACAGGAAUUUGGUGCAACUCCGUGGAUGGUGCACUGAGCAAGGAGAGAUGCUUGUUGUUUAUGAUUACUCAGCUAGUAGAAUCCUCAGCCAACAACUUCUCCAUCAUAGUAAUGGUAGAAUUGGCUAUUCUGUCCUCCAAUGGCAUCACAGGUAUAAGAUAGUGAAAGCACUUGCCUCAGCAGUUCUCUAUCUACAUGAGGAGUGGGAUGAACAAGUGAUCCACAGAAACAUUACCUCUUCAGCUGUCAUUCUUGAACCAGAUAUGAACCCAAGACUCAGCAGUUUUGCUCUAGCUGAAUUUUUGUCAAGGAAUGAACAUGGCCAUCAUGUAACCAGUGACUCUAGGAAAUCGGCUAGGGGGAUUUUCGGCUACAUGUCACCGGAAUAUGUGGAAUCCGGUGAAGCAUCCACAAUGGCUGAUGUUUAUAGUUUUGGUGUGGUGGUGCUUGAAGUUGUCAGUGGACAGAUGGCAGUGGAUUUCCGGCAGCAGGAAGUGCUUUUGGUGAAGACGGUUCAUGAAUUUGAAAUGAGAAAAAGACCAUUGGAGGAAUUAGCUGACAUAAGACUCAAUGGAGAGUACAACCACAAAGAACUAAUGAGAUUGGUAAGAUUAGGAAUUGUGUGCACCCGCUGCAACCCACAAUUAAGACCAAGCAUGAGACAAAUAGUGAGCAUCCUUGAUGGAAAUGAUAAAUUACUCAACCAGAAAAACAAAGAGAACAGGGAAGAAUGGAGGCAAAGAAAUGCUAGUUCUCUGUCAAUGAUUAAGAGAAUCCAAGCUCUAGGAAUACAGUAAGGAAUAAGGAGUUACAGUAGAAUUUAGAGUGACCUAAUGCGAACUCGAAGUUUUGUAAAUAGACGAAGCACUUUCUUCUUUGUCUAUUGAUAUUUUAUCUAUUUAAUCUGCUUAUUAUCUAAGCUAAGUUGUAUAUAUAAGAAGCUUAAUAUAUCAGUGUAUCCUUCUUCUGAA